GACACAUAAAAGUCAUAAAACGAUAACAACGAAAUCUCAAAUCUCCAAAGUGCUCAUUUGCUGCUCAUAAUAGUUUAGUUUUCAAGUUUUUUGUAUAUAUAUUUAUUUAUCUCGUAAAUUGUUCUAUCUAGUCACUGAUAAUUAAUUAAUAAGCUCUUUUAAUAAUUCAAAACCUUAUUUAUAACCAUUCUAAAUUCAUCAUUUAUGAAUAUUCUGGAACUUUUAUAUUCAAAAUCAAACAAGUUCUGUCAUGUCGAAAUUAGUUUCCUCCGAGACCGAGGUUACCUCUGAUGAAGAUGAAGCUGCCUCUAAAAUUGCUGGUGAUGAUGAGAUCCCCAGUAUUGAAGAAAAUUCUCAAUCUCAGCCAUUAUAUGUGGUAUCGAAACCAUCUGUAUCAACUCCUGUUAGUAUAUUGAUUGAAUCUUUAAUUCAAAAUAUUUGUACAAUCUAUGAGAGUGACCAAAAAAAGCAAUCUGUAAUGUAUAAAGUGAUUUGUGAUAAAUUACAUAGUAUGAAUCUUCUUGGAGAAAGUUAUAACAUGAUGGAAUUUGAAGGUAUCAGGAGUCAAUAUCAAAGAGCAUUUUUACAUCUUUUGGCUUCAGUUAAAAGUGGUGAUAAAUCUAUACCAGUUAGUCCAAUUUGGCCUAAAUUUGCCAUCCACUCACAUUAUCAUAGAGAGUUUGAUGAAGUGGAUUACAUUGCAGGUGGAGGAUUUGGACAAGUUUACAGAGUUAAACACAAGCUGGAUGGAACAGAAUAUGCUGUGAAAAAAAUACCAAUAAGAUCUGAUGGGAUCCAAUCAGUUAGGAGCUAUUUAUCUGAAGUGAAAACAUUUGCAAGUUUGAAUCAUCCUAAUAUUGUUCAGUAUAAAGGUGCUUGGCUUGAAAUUGGUGCUCCAUCUAACAAUGAACCAAUGAUUGAUGAAAGUUCAGAAAUGCAUGAAACAACCCAUUCACAGCAUCAAAUGCAUAACACAGAAUACAUAUAUCAUAAAAAAACCCAUUCAUUCACAGAAGAAAGGAAUGGUGACACCACUGAUUUCCAGAUUGAUUUUGAGCAUAGUGUUAGUGGAGCCAGUUCUGUCAAAUCAAAGACAAAAUCACAUUCUCAAAAUAGGAUAAAAAGGAAGAGUCUUUCUGAAGGUGAAGAAGAUAAAGCCUUAUGUAACUUGGACAUCAAAGAAAUUGAAAGAAUAAGAGCCACUAAUAGGGCAAAAAUCAAGUGGGCAACACUUUAUAUCCAGAUGGCUUUGUGCCAUUCUACUUUGAAGCAAUGGCUGGAGAAAAGAAAUGCUGUUAAUAAUCCAGAAAAGGCAAUUGUCCAUGUGAAUGAUCAAGUUAUCAGGACAGGUACAAUUAUUCAAAUCCUCACACAGUUGCUCAAGGGUUUGGAAUAUAUUCAUUCGAAAGGAAUAGUCCAUCAUGACAUUAAACCUAGUAACAUUUUUAUCCAAAUUGAGAACAAUAGUAUUUUGAUUCAGUUGGGAGAUUUUGGACUGGCUUGUCCUUUGCAAAGUGUUAAACAUAGUUUAGCAUUUGGUACUAAACUUUAUUCUGCCCCUGAACAACUUGCUGGAAAAUGUAACCCAAAGAGCGACAUGUACUCAUUGGGAAUCGUUCUCUUUGAAUUGGUAGAGAACUUCAGAACUGAUAUGGAACGGGUUCAUUACUUGACUGAUUUACGUAAAGGUCAAAUACCUCGAGAUAUCCUGCUGAAGUAUCCUGAUAUUUCUCAAAUGAUUGAAAGAUUGAUGAUCAAGAAUCCUGAUGAGAGGCCCGAUACAACGACUAUGCUGAACAAUUUGAAAUCUACAGAAAGUGAAGAAAUAGAACAGUUAAGGUUACAGCUUGUCGAGAAAGAUGAGGAGAUUGUGCAUUUAAAAGAGCUACUUAAAUCUCAUGGUAUAAAGAGUGUGUAGGUUUGAUAUUGUACCUAUUAUUCCAGUAAGUAUUGCAUGGAACAAACCGAAUGGUAUUUUGUAUUUUCAGAUCUGCAGUUGUUUUUACAUGCGAUAAUGAUUGAUUAAUAGAUAGAUAAUUGAAGAUCUGGCAUAUGUUAUCAGUCUACCAAAACAUUGACAUUUAUUUGAGCUGAUUAUUUUAUAAUACGGAUGUCAAAGUUUUGGGUUGAUACAAAUGUUAUUCUUUAAUUGCUCAAUUUCCUCAUGUGUUCAGUUUGAUAUUUGUUGAUGAUUGUAGCCAUUUUAUUGAGAUUCCAACAUGAAAAUUGCCAGUUCUAAACAUCUCUAUAGUUAUUGAGUCAACUUCAGGCUGAUCCAUAUAUCACAAUUGAUGAAAUUUGUGUUCGAUCCCAAUAUUUUGAAUUAC